AUGGCGGAACAGUUAUUGCUUCAUGGAACUCUUGAAAUAAAGAUAUACAGGAUCGAUAAGUUGCAUCAACGUGCAAGAUUCGGUUUAUGUGGCAAGGGGGACAAGGAACCAACGGGGAAGAAGAUUCAAACCCAAAUCAAGAGACUAGCGACCGCAUGCACAGAUUUACUAGGAGGACAUCUGUACGCAACCAUCGACCUAGACAGAUCAAGGGUGGCUCGUACCAUGAUGAGACGUCACCCUAAAUGGUUCCAGUCUUUCCACAUCUACGCAGCACAUUCAAUCUCCAAAAUCAUAUUCACAAUCAAAGAAGAUGAACCUAUCAGUGCAAAUCUGAUCGGCCGAGCUUACUUACCUGCCACUGAAGUCAUCUCCGGACAGCCUGUGGACCGAUGGCUCGAUGUCUUAGACCAGAACAAGAACCCUAUCCAAGGAGGUUCGAAAAUCCAUGUUCGUGUGAAGUUCACUAGCGUAACAAACGACCCAGAUUGGAACAAAGCAAUCAUAUCAUCACCGCCUUAUAAAGGAGUUCCUAACGCAUUUUUCAACCAAAGAGAAGGUUGUAAGGUUACUCUUUACCAAGACGCUCAUGUUCUUGGCGAGUACCCGGACAUUACUCUCGCGGGAGGGCAAGCGAUUUACAUACAUCAUCGGUGUUGGGAAGAUAUUUUCGAUGCGAUAUGGGACGCAAAACACUUGAUAUACAUCACGGGAUGGUCGGUGUACCCCGACAUAACAUUGAUUAGAGAUCCUAAACGGCCGAGACCAGGAGGGAACCUAAAGCUAGGUGAGUUGCUGAAGAAGAAAGCUGAAGAAAACGUGACGGUUCUGAUGCUUGUGUGGGACGAUAGAACGUCUAACGAAGCGUUUAAGAGAGACGGUUUGAUGAUGACACAUGAUCAAGAAACCUACGAUUACUUCAAGAACACGAAAGUGCGUUGCGUUCUUUGUCCGAGGAACCCGGAUAACGGUGAGAGCAUUGUUCAAGGGUUUGGUGUGGCUGCUAUGUUUACUCACCAUCAGAAAACCAUUGUGGUGGACGCUGAGGUGGAGGGGUUGAAAACGAAGAGAAGGAUAGUAAGUUUUCUUGGAGGACUUGAUCUUUGUGAUGGGAGGUAUGAUACUGAGGAGCAUCCUUUGUUCGGUACUUUGAACAAUAUUCAUUCUAAUGACUUUCACCAGCCGAACUUUGAUGGGGCGUCGAUUAAAAAAGGCGGUCCACGUGAGCCUUGGCAUGAUAUUCACUGCAGGCUGGAUGGUCCUGCGGCUUGGGAUGUUUUGUACAAUUUUGAACAGAGAUGGAUGAAACAAGGUAACGGUAGAAGGUACCUAGUAUCGAUGGAACGGUUCUCAGAGAUCACGGUUCCGCCACUACCAAUCGUACAACCGAACGAUACCGAAGGCUGGACGGUUCAAGUUUUCCGGUCGAUAGAUAACGGUGCAGUUGACGGGUUCCCAGAGGAUCCACGUGAAGCUUCGAGCGUAGGACUUGUCACCGGAUCAGCUAAUAUUAACCAAAGGUCUAUGGAUGGAGGUAGAGACUCGGAGAUCGCAAUGGGAGCAUACCAACCUAAGCAUCUGCUAUCUACCAAUCAAAUGAGGCCAACGGGGCAAGUUUUCAGCUUUAGGAUAUCCCUAUGGCUUGAACAUCUACGGAUUAUAACCAAUACAUUCCAGUUUCCUGAAAGCGAAAAGUGUAUAAGAAUGGUUAAUGCAAAGGCAGAUGAGUUAUGGGGACUAUACGCAGCACAAGUGUACCCUCGGGAUCACGAUCUUCCAGGGCAUUUGCUUAGUUAUCCUAUUAGCAUUGGUAGCAAUGGUGAAGUAACAAGUCUUGCUGGGGCUGAACUCUUUCCUGAUACUAACGCAAAGGUUUUAGGCGAAAAAUCUAACUAUCUCCCUCCAAUUCUCACUACUUAAAUGAUGUAAUCGAUUUACAAUAUAUUUGUUAAGUAUUGAUUAAUAUUUAAGAAAUCU